GUCACGUCCAUCAAGAUUGUGUAUUUAAUAGAAUCAAGCCGGCUAGGAGCAUCAUUACUUCAAAGCUGUAUACGCCGGUAUUGGUGGAAGGUUAACAUACGUUGUUGAAGCUGAGGAACAAACCUCAUUAGCAGAGCUACGCGUAUGAAAAGUAGGUUAGACCUCGUCGCGAUGGAAGUUGAGAAGAAUUCAUUGCAAGAGAAGAUUGUGUCUCUAAAUGACCUUCCGUGGAAGAUUUUUAAUGACGCAGCUCUUUCUGUGAAAGAGCUUGCCAAGAAAAUCUUUGCACUUCCGGCAGUGAGUGACUUCUUUAUAUAUACAUCUCGCCUGGAUGUGUUCUCCAAAGAGUUGUCAGAUUCUUUGAGCUGUGAUUUGGAAUCGCUCCUGCUGAUUAGGAAACUUAAGUAUUUCUACAAUCAACCAACAGCAGCAGUGCUGCAACAACUUGCCAGUCUAUUAGAAAGAAUUUCAAGCAAUAAAGAAGCCAUUUCCAAGUGGAAUGAAAUCGCCAAGAUGGUAGCAGAUGAAAACGACAUUGGUACCAAGCCUGUUCACCGCUUCCUCAAGGAAACUGGGUGCCCAGAAUGUUAUCUUGACAAUGCUGAGUACCUCGAAAAGUUUGACCCUCACGGACUUUACCCAACAUCCAUUUACCGCAAAUGUGAUGGAGACAUCUUGGCCAAAGCUGAUGCAUCGGUAGUCGAGUGUACCAUGAGGCAUACUCUGACCACAACUGCAAAGAUUGUGUACAAAGUACUAGACCCAGCCAAUCCAGAGUUGAAAAACGUGUAUAAGCCAUUAGGGAGGUGUGUGGCAGUUGUUGAUAGGAAUGUGAAUAAGAUUUACGGAGAAGAAAUAAAGGCGUAUUUCGAUGAGCACUGCAUCGAGCUGCAGAAGGUAGUCAUUACCGCUGGCGAAGUUGACAAAGACAUAGCAACAGUACAGAACCUCCUUGUAAUGCUGAAAAAAUUGCGAGUCAAACGAAACGAACCUGUUUUUGUCGUGGGAAAUGGCGUCAUACAUGACAUCACCGGUUGCGCAUGCUCUAUGUAUCAUCGUAACACACCUUACAUCAUGCUGUCUACCAGCGUUGUGGCUGGCAUCGACGCUGGUCUGUCUCCUCGCACUGGUUGUGACGGAUUUGGCUUCAAAAACCUGUUCGGUGCAUAUCAUCCUCCUGUUCUGACGCUAACUGACAGAAGCUUUUUCCGCUCCCAACACAGCGCUUGCUUGCGUCACGGCAUUGCUGAAAUUGUAAAGAUAGCAGUGGUGAAGGAUGAAGAACUCUUCGCCCUACUAGAGCAGAAGGGCUGUAACCUUUUGUCUACCAAAUUUGGCACAGAGAUGGAAGGCUUCCAAGGAGAUCAAGAGGCCUUUGGACGCGUUUGUGAUCUCAUUAUUGGCAAAGCUCUUGAGUACUACAUGAGAUCCGAAUACAGCAAUAUUUUUGAAACGCAUCAGUGUCGCCCACAUGCAUAUGGGCACACUUGGAGCGCUGGGUACGAACUCGCUUCAGGAAUGCUCCACGGUCAGGCUGUGGCCACUGGGAUGGGCUUUGGUGCCUAUCUCUCUCUCUGCACCGGUUGGAUUACGCAACACGAGUUUGAUCGGAUCCUGAAACUCCUCAGUGACCUUGGAUUAUCUUUGUGGCACCCUGUCAUGGAAGAUUCUCAGGCUCUGUACCAAAUCCAGGCAAGCGUUAUUGAGAAGCGGGCGGGAAACUUAGUGGCACCAAUACCCAAAGGACUCGGGAAGUGCGGCUACAUUAACGACAUGCCUUAUGAGCUGCUUGACAAGCGCCUCGGAGAGUACCGGAAGGUCACCCAAGGAUAUCCAAGGCAGGGGGUAGGCAUUGAAGUGCACUGCAAGGAUAUUGGGCUUGAGGAUCCGGCCACUGUUGGAAACGUCAAUAGGGAACUCCCCAGUCAAGACGCUAAGGAUAAUGCAUCAGUGAACGAGUGCCAUCUCGAAGCUGUUAAGAAGUAGGGUAUCUAACGCAUUGAACUACGUGACCGUGUGUAAUAUCAGAUACCGUUUUUACCCUUCAAUAAUCGUUUUAUAGAGAAUCGAAAAAAAACAUAGAGGAGCAACUCUUUGCAACUGUGAAUUGUUCAGAAUGUGUCUUGCAUAACCUUCAUGUUACAUGCAAUAAAAACAAUAGCGAUUCCGAUAGUUUGAAAAUUAGAGAAGUGAACGAUGGCAUUUUACGAUAGGAUAAUUUUCCUGUUGCUCCAAAAGAAUUUAAACAAUUAAUUAAUUUUAGAUCCAAUUCUGGAAUCUCAAUUCGCUUUUAAAUAUUUUAGAAUUUUUUAGCC